AUGACCGAACAAACAACACAACAUGCUAAGUUGACGGCCCAGGAGGUCGAGAUAGCCAGAAAGUAUGAUCUGACCCCUAAAUUCAUACAAUUUUUGGAUAGACACUUGAUUUUUCCUCUUGUGGAAAACCUUGACUCGAUUUACUCUUCUGAAGACGUUGAGUCUAUGGAGUAUGAUCUAUUGAAAGACACCAACAUGACCAAGUUUAUUAGAGAGAAAUAUGCUAGUUUGCAUCCAGGUGAGGCUAUACCUGCCGAUCUCGAAAAGAAGGAAAAGGCUAUUGAAGAGGAAUAUGCCCGAUUGAAUGCGGCAACCAGCAAAACUCUAGAAAUCCUUGCAUCCAAAGAUGUCCAGGAGUCACUGAAACAGGACAAGACUUACAACAGGGAGUAUCUUUCGAAAAACCACCACAUUGACGACGCAAAGAUUUUGGAACUUUACAAUUUUGGAAAAUUUCAGUACAACAGAGGAGAUUACGUGGUUGCUUCUGACCUUUUGAACAACUUUAGACUUCUCUCUGUUAACCAGGAUUUGAACCUGAGCGCUACCUGGGGUAAAAUCUCAUCUGAGAUCAUCACUGAGUCCUGGACUGAUGCUCUGGAAGAACUUAACAAGCUCAGAGAGAUCAUAGACAACAGACAUUUCAAGGGGUCCACUCUUGAUCAGCUGAACAAGAGAACCUGGUUGAUUCACUUCUCGCUAUUCAUUUUCUUCAACCUCGAAAAUGGUCUGGAAAGUCUCGUCGAUUUGUUUUUUUCAUCUUCAUACCUCUCUACCAUUCAGGCCUCAUGUCCUUGGAUUUUGAGAUACCUGGUGGUUGCAGUGAUAAGUUCCAAGCCACAACUAAGACAGAAAAGAAUCAAAGACCUUGUUAGAGCCGUGCAAACAGAAGAAUACGAAUAUCAAGACCCAUUCACCAAGUUUGUAGAGAUUUUGUUCGUGACCUACGAAUUUGAUGAGCUACCUGAGGUGAUGAAGCAAUUCAAAGUGCUUUCCACAACUGAUUUUUUCAUUGGAACUUUGGACACUGCCGAACUUUACAAAAAUGCCCAAGUUCUGGUGUUGGACACCAUCGGAAAGCUUUACAAGGUGCUGUCUGUUGAGCAAUUGAAAAAGUUUUUGAACGACCAGAACAUCGAUAACGCACUUGCUAGAGACAACUUCAAGCUUGAGAAUGACAAAGUGUUGAUUCGUGGUGCCGAGACAGGUUCUGUCUACCAACAAGUCUACGACAAAACCAAGGCAUUCAAUUUCAAGACUAACCAGCUACUUAACAACGCUUUCAGCAUCAACUCCUAUAACCAUAAACAGUCUUCGCAGGAAGUUUAA